AAUUGGGUAACUGUCCAGUGACAGCAGAUAAACACCUGCCCGUACACAUCAUCUCCAGCUGGAGAAAGACGGGAACUGCUUUAAUACAACAAACAUUUGGGCCGGUAAUCGAUCCAAGACGAAGGAUUUGGAGCUAAAAUGUCAGCCCGCAAAGGCAAAAGAAAAGAAUAUCUAACAGUGAAGGAUCUGCAGAAGGUUUUGGACUCCUGCACACUGCACCUCAGCCAACUUGACGAAGUGUGGCCACAUAUAUACAUAGGGAAUGUGGCAGUAGCCCAAAACAAGGCUGCCUUGCUGAAAUUAGGUAUAACUCAUGUAUUAAACGCUGCUCACACCAAGCGAGGCAGCAUAGGGAACCAAAGCUUUUAUGGCAACGACUUUGUGUAUUGUGGCAUUCCAGCAGAUGACUCGACACACUUUGAUCUGGAUGUUUACUUCCAGCCUGCAGCUGAUUUCAUUCAUAAAGCUCUCAAGUCACCUGACGGGAAAGUUCUGGUGCACUGCAUUAUGGGAAUGAGCCGGUCAUCGACCUUGGUGUUAGCGUACCUCAUGAUCUACCAACACCUCCCGCUCAAACAGGCUUUGCAGAAACUGAUCCAGAAGAGAGCCAUCUACCCCAACAGGAAUUUCCUGGCUUUGCUGUUGGAUCUGGAUCUUCAGCUGACGAAAAGAAGGAAAACAUGUCAGAUUUUGUAGUCAAGAGGCCUUUACAUUUUACGGCUACAUAGUUUCUGGGAAGGAUGUCGGUCUGUCGGUUCAACAGCCCAGACUGAAACACUUCCACAGAUGUAUGAAAUUCAGUUUAACUGAUCACAAAAUUUCUGUCAGAUUCAGCUGUACUCAGACUAAUAUAUUAUAAAAAAGAGUGAAAAGGGAAGCUGCACACAUAAUUCCACUUAGUACAGCUCUUAAUUUCAUGUAAGCAUUUUAAAUACUGAAAUGUUAGCAUACAUUUAAAAUGCUACACAUUAUUAGCAGAAGAAAAUAUCUGCACAAUGAGUACUAUUUUUUAGGAUGUUGAAUUAGCACACAUUUCUUCAGGCCAUUCUAAACAUUAGCAAAGCAUAGGCUACACAUGCUAACAUUGUUGUGAUUACAAGAGAAACAUUAGAAAAUUAAAAUUCUAAUGUUGGCAUAUUUGGUGCCUACAACAUGUUAGCAUCCAGUGUACUAGUUGUACAAAUGUGGACAAAUGUGACAAAUGUGUAAACAUAAUACUAGUAGUACAAGAAUGGGAAGGCUGCACACAUAACUCCACUUAUUUUAGUUCUUUAUGUUAGCAUCUUAAAUAUCAAAAUCAUAACAAAGCAAUGCACACUCAUAACAUUUUUUAGUACAAGGAAUCAGCAUUCUAAACAUUAGCCAAGUUUAGGCUACACAUGCUAACAGUGUCAGUAUUGAAUGAAAAACAAUUAAAAAUGAACAUGCCGAUGUUAGCAUGCUGACAUGCUAUUGUAAAUGUUUGGUGCUGACAACAUGUUAGUAUCCCUUAUGCUAUUUUUUGAGAAAUGUGGAAGUAAAAUAGCAGUAUUAAAAUAGUGGGAAGGCUGCACACAUAACCCUACUGAUUUAGCUCUUAAUUUUAUGUUAGUAUUUUAAAUAUUGAAAUGUUAAAAGUUUUUUUUUCUUUUUUAAUACUUAACAUUAAUAGCCGGAAAACAAAUCCACACACUCAUUUUUGUUACCAUCAGCACAAAUUUCUUCAGGCCAGUCUAAACAUUAGACCUGUUUAGCCUACACAUGUUAGCACUGCCAUGAUUACAUGAUAAACAUUAGAAAUUUAACAUGCUAAUGUUAGCAUGCUGACAUGCCAUUGUAAAUGGUCAGUGCUAACAGCAUGUUAGCAUCCAAUACACUAGUUGUUGAAGAACAUGGAAGCAUAAUAGUCAAAGAACGGGAAUAGUGCACACAAACCUUUCAUUUCCGCUCUUGGUUUUAUGUUAAUAUGUGAAUUAUUGUAUUGGUAAUAUAAAAUAUAUUAAAAACAUUCAACAUUAAUAGCAGGAGAACAAAUCUGCAUACUCAUAACAUAUUUUUGUUACAAAGGAUCAGCACAAAAUUCUUCAGGCUAUUCUAAACAUUAACCAAGUUUAGUCUACACAUGCUAACACUGUCAUGAUUACAUGAGACAUUAAUGAAAUGUGCAUGCUAAUGUUAGCAUGCUGACAUGUAAUGUAAAAUAUUGUAAAGUGUAGAAGAUUGGGGCUGCACACAAAAAUUCACUUUUCUAUCUUCUAAUUUUAAGUUAGCAUCUGAAAUAUUUAUUUCAGAGUAUAUAUUGAAAUAUUAAAAUGUUUUUAAAAAGCAGGUCAUGGAAAUACAUCUGUCUAUGCUCCAGACACACGCUACUCGGUCAUGAUCUAACACUGGAUUCAAAGUGCAACGUUAUUUCUUCAUUUAACUACUUUUUAGCCUUUUAUAAGCUGCAUAACCUCCUCCUGCUAAUAGUACAGACUUGUUUGUUUAUGCUUUUUAGAAAGUAAUGUUAAAAAAGAAAAAAUGUCUUAACAAAAAGACAGCUUAGUUGCAGAACAAAUUCAAACUUAAUGUACUUAAGGGAAGCGGAGACAAGACUGAGCAAAGAAUGCUAACCGUACUUUGAUUUUAUGAGUACAUCGGUCUUGAAUUAUGUCUUUUACCUCUCAUUCUUGUAGGAUUGAUUUUCCUUCAGCACCUCACUUUGUAUUACAGCAGAAUGGACCAAAUGUCUACAGGAACAUAUUUUACAAAGCGUCAUAUUUUAGUAUACUCUCUAGAUCAGGACAGAUACUCGGUAAUUAUGCUAUAAGUUUACUGGUCCGGCCCCUUUGAGAUCAGAUUAGGCCGUAUGCGGACCCUGGACCAAAAUGAGUUUGACACCCCUGGUCUACAGCAUCUGCCUGAGGGAUCACUGUUCACAGUGUGUGAUUGCAUUGGUGUGUUCGUCAAGCCAGCUGAGCUGAUCACCACUGUGCAUCAAAAGCCUUCAUAUAGUAGAGCUUGAAAGCAGCGAUUUCUACCUGUUAGGAACUGUUAUUUUUUUGUGAAAGUCUCUCAGUCUCAUGAUAUCUCACACUUAAAUGAAGUGUACAUUAAAAUAAAAUGUUAAUUAUGA